AUGCAGAUCAUCAUAGUGGGCGCCGGCCCGUCAGGACUGCUGCUGGGCAUCCUGCUCGCCAAGAAGGGAAUCCAAGUCCAACUGCUUGAAGCAUCUCAUGAGUUGGACAAGAACCCUCGAGCAGCCCACUACGCUCCGUCAGCGGUGUACGAGCUGAACCGUGCGGGUGUAUUGGAGGAUGUCAAGCGAGACGGCAUCCACCCUGACGCCGUGUGCUGGCGGCAUCCCGAUGGGACCUUCAUCGCGGGGAUCAAAAGCCGCUUUGACAUCGAGUUCCCGAUGGUCUGUCUGCCGCUAGAUCAACUGGAUGUACUUCUGUUGAAGCAUUUCCUUGCCGCGCCAGGCACCGAGGUCUUGUGGAAUCACAAGGUCGUUUCCAUUGAUCAGGACGAAGGCGAGGCGCGCGUACACGUUGAGACCCCGGACGGGAAGAAGACCUUUGGUGCGGAUUACGUCGUGGGAUGUGAUGGCGCCAACAGCCAGAUCAGACGGUCGCUUUUCGGAGACUUGAAUUACCCCGGCGAGACGCUGCAGAAACAGAUCAUCGCUACUAACGUGAGUGUGCUGAACGGUGUUCAUAAGCCUGAGCUGACCGUUAAGGUUUACUACGACUUCAAGAAAUUCGGCUAUUGGGACUCAAAUUUCAUCAUCGACGAGAGCGACUGGUACAUGGCCGCCCGGAUCACCAAUGACGGACUGUGGAGAGUGACCUAUGGUGACGAAUGGGGCCUUUCCAAUGAAGAAUACCUUGCUCGCCAACCAGCGCGGUUCGAGAAGAUUUUGCCGGGCAAUCCGAAGCCGGGGGACUACAAGCUCGUCAGUGCCAGCCCGUAUAAGCUUCACCAGCGGUGUGCAGAUUCAUUCCGGGUUGGAAGAUUUUUACUAGCCGCUGAUGCAGCCCAUUUGUGCAAUCCAUUUGGAGGCCUCGGGUUGACCGGAGGUAUCGCCGACGUGGGAAGCUUGUUCGAUGCCCUGGCUGCUUUGAAGGAUGGCAAGACGGAUGAUAGCAUUUUGGACAAAUACAGCGAGGUGCGAAGAGAGAAGUGGGCGAAGAUCAUUGAUCCCAUGUCGAGAGCAAACUUCCGUCGUGUUUGCCUGGACGAAGCCGAAAGCGAGAGGAAUGAGUUCUGGGCUCUUUGCAAAAAGAUGGAAGAAGACGAUGAGCUGGCGAGGCAGAUGGCGCAGGGGACGAACAUACUGCGGGAGGACUUCCACGAAUAUUUGACUGCUGGAGCUGCGUAA